AUGAAGAGGGAGCAAGUUCAGGUUCAGGUUCCGGUUCUUCAUCACCAUCAAGAUCUGCAUGCAGAAGAUCAGGAGGAUACUCUCGGAGUGGACCCCAGAGAGAUGUGGCUUGACGAUAGCCAGGAGACUGCUCUCCUUGCCGAUAUCAAUGACCCUUCCAUCUUCUACAACGACCACUUCCCUCCUCUCCCGGACUUCCCAUGCAUGUCCUCCUCUUCCUCCUCAUCCUCCACUCCUGCACCGGUCAAGCCAGUCACGUGCUCUUCCUCCUCUUCAUCGGUCUCCUCGUCCUCCUCCGCGGCCUCUUGGGCCGUUCUCAAGUCGGACGCGGAGCCCGAAGAUGGAGAGAGAAAGCAGCAGCCCAACCAGAACAGUUACCACCACCAGCACUCGCAGAUUGAUGAUCAGACAGUUGAUGCGCAUGCCUUGUCCUCCACCGCCUCGAUGGAGAUCUCUCAGCCGUUGGAUCUCAGCGGUGGUGGUGGCGGAAUAGAUUGCAUGGAUGAGACGGAAACUUUUGGGUACAUGGAUCUCUUUGAACCCAACGAGUUUUUUGACCCUUCUUCCAUUUUCCAAAGUGACAGCCUUUUCAUGGAGCAGUUUCAACAAGAUCAAGAUAAUCAGCAAUUAGCCAUGGCUCAACUAUUACAAGACCAUCAUGAAACCGUUACUACUAUUCAGUCUAAUCCCCAACAACAAAAACAAGUAGUUGGACAUGAUGAGGAGAAUACUAAUAAGGAUCUGAGUAAUGAAGACAAGGAUCCGGACGACAUGGCCAUGGUGUUCUUGGAGUGGCUGAGGUCCAACAGAGAGACGGUCUCCGCCGAAGACUUGAGAAGUGUGAAGAUCAAGAAGUCGACGAUCGAGUGCGCCGCCAGGCGCUUGGGCGGAGGAAAAGAGGCCAUGAAGCAGUUGCUUAAACUUGUGCUUGAGUGGGUUCAGACCAACCAUCUCCAAAAGAGGCGCAGCAAUAGCAUCAUCACCAAAGACUCCAACAUAAUCACCCAACAACAAUACCAAGAUCCUUUUCUAAACCCUAACCCUAACCCUAGUUCUAGAGUAUUUGAAUCAAACCCUUCUCGUAAUUUCACUCAAACACAAUGGAUGGCGCCUCCACCACAUGCAGCCGCCUAUGAUCCGGCAGCCGGGGGACUACUUAUCCCCACUCCUCCUCCGGCUCCUCCUCCGCCUGCGACUUAUCCUUCCAUGAUGGGGUACAUGGCAGCUGACCCUUUGGGGAAUGGGCCAAGCCCAUACCAAACAUCUCCGGAGUAUCAUCAUCACAUGAUUGAAUCCGGUCAGCCAUCAUGGCCGUCUUCUCUGUUCGGUAUGGGAACAGCCCCUUACGGGUCAUUCCAGGAUAACAACAUUCACCUAGCCCCUCCCCUACACCAUCCCCAGGCUUUUGCCGGGUACGGCAGUCAAUACCAGCCUUAUCAAUAUUUUCCCGGGAAUGGUGAGCAUCAGUUGAUGAGGUUAGGGUCUUCGGCUACCAAAGAGGCAAGGAAGAAACGGAUGGCGAGGCAGAGAAGGCUUGUGUCUCACCAUAGGCACCACGGCCAUCAACAGAAUUCUCAGCAACUUAAUAAUCAAAUGCCAGAUCAUCACCAUCUUCAGCAGACAAGGCUUGUUGGGAACACUACUGAUCUUAAUUGCACUGGUGCUGUGCCGCUGCAGGCCAAUCCGGGCAACUGGUUUUACUGGCCCACCGCCACUGCGGCCCCGUCCCCUUCUGCGGUGGCCAUGAUGCCUAGCAUUAUGCAGGAAGCCGCACCACUUCCGCCAGUGCAGCAGAUGGAUCGGCCAGCUAGUACUCAAGCACAGAAUUACAAUCACGGUCGUAGUGCUGUGCAGGAAAGACAAGAAAGACAGGAGAGGCGUCAGGGAUGGAAAUCUGAGAAGAAUCUGAAGUUUCUUCUUCAGAAGGUGUUGAAGCAGAGUGAUGUGGGUAGUCUUGGAAGAAUUGUGUUGCCAAAAAAAGAAGCAGAAACCCAUCUUCCUGAAUUGGAUGCAAGAGAUGGGAUUUCCAUUCCAAUGGAGGACAUUGGGACUUCUCGUGUGUGGAACAUGCGCUACAGUUUCAGGUACUGGCCCAACAACAAAAGCAGGAUGUAUCUCCUUGAAAACACAGGAGAUUUUGUGAGAGCAAAUGGACUCCAAGAAGGAGACUUCAUAGUCAUCUACUCCGACGUGAAAUGUAACAAAUAUAUGAUACGAGGAGUGAAAGUACGGCAAGCGGGGCCAAAAUCAGAGAGGCAGGCCGGGCCAAAAUCAGAGGGCAACAAAAGGCCAGGAAAGUCGCAAAGGAACCAGCAUGCAAGCACUCCACCUGGCAACAAUGGUUCGUCACCUUCUUCAGCCACAACCGCACACAAGAAAGAAAGAGUAAAGUAA